GAUGCAGCACCACAUUGAGCACCAACAGAAAGCGAAAGCAAGUGACAAAGAAGGCUUUGGCCUAAAAUACUGUCAAGGAAGACUGUUUUUAAGCCCGUGGACAACGCCGCAUUUCCAUCUAUAUCGGAUUUUGGAGUUGGACAUGACAUCAUUUCGGAGUUGAGGGUGUUCAAGCAGUAAAGUCGGAAAAGCUAAGAAUAACAGGAUUUGUUUGUUCCUUAGUAAAGUACAGGCAUUAAUGUAUUAAUGUAUGUGCUGUAGUGUGGUAGCAUGAAUGCUUUUUUUGGGGGGUUAAAAAUACAGCUACAGCUCGUUCAUGAAUCAGGAGUCUGCAUGUGGCUUAUUUAGCAAGUCACAAAUACACAGCAAUGGCAGUACAGAUUGCACGUUUUACAGUUUUACUACUGUUUGGGGCACCGCCAUCUUGGAUUGGUAAAUUGAGAUCUUGAGACGGCAUAUCAGACUGGGAACACCCUUCUGAGAAGAAAACCUACUUUUAAAACCAACUGAGGAACAGGCCAUGGACACAUCGACUGAUGACCAACUGGAGCACCAAAGACCAGAUUCUCCUACAGACAGCCAUGUUUCCAUGAAAAGUGACAGGUCCAAGGGGGAACCUCCAAGCUUUAGCAACAGCGUACCGAGCUCAAUUGAACACCAAAGACCACACUCUCCUGCAGAAAGCCAUGUUUCCAUGAAAAGUGACAGGUCUAAGGGGGAACCUCCAAGCUUUAGCAAUGAAGGACCAAGUCCGCUUGAGUACCAAAGAGCAGACCCUCCUGCAGAAAGUUAUUCUUCCAUGACAAGUGACAGGUCCAAAGGGGAACCUCCUAGCUUCAGUAAUGAAGAUUCAAGCUCGUCCAACUUGAACCUCACCUCAACUGACCACAGCAGUGCUGCCACGAAGACUGAGACCAAGGAGACCUCAGAGCGAUGGAAGAAGCUGGUGAAACAUCUGCGUGACAGACUUCUUAGAGAAAACAGUCAGCGUGAAGACAAAAACCAUCCUAACCAAAAAAACACAGAACACAUCAUAAGAGAAGACAGCACUGCAGAGGACACUGAACAGAAGAAGAAACAGACUGUGGUGAAAGUGAAAGCAACAUCUGACAUCUUUGAAAAUCGAAAUGGGGAAAAAAUCAGAACUGUGCUGACUGUUGGAGAGGCUGGAAUUGGAAAAUCCUUCCAUGUGCAGAAAUUUAUAAAAGAAUGGGCAGAAAAUAAAAACCGUUCACUUUUCACUCGGGUCACAGACACUUUGUUUGGCAAAGCGAGAGAUAAUGAACUAAUCAUAUUUCCACUUAACUUCUAUAAGCUGAAUUUGAUUAAAGACAGAAUAUUUAGUUUAGUGGGUCUUCUCAAUCAUUUCUUCAAGGAAACCAAAGAAUUUGUGAUCACUGACUUUUCACAGUUCCCAAUUUUGUUUGUUUUGGAUGGAAUUGAAAAAUUUGAGUCUCCGCUUGACUUUGACAUCAAGAAUCCUGUGACUGAUGUCAGUGAGUCAGCCUCAGUGGAUGUGCUGCUGACAAACCUCAUCAAAGGAAACCUGCUUCCUUCGGCCAAAGUGUGGAUAACUUCCCGACCUUCAGCUGUUAAUUGGCUGAAUACUGACAAGUUAGUUUACAGAAGGACAGAAAUACGAGAGAAAGAUGACAAAGAAAAACUGAAAACCUCCCUGAAGAGGACAAUUUCCACAAAGCACAAAAAACAGAGUAAACAAGAAACCGACACAGAACUCUGUGUACAAGCUAAAGGAGAACUCGUGCAAACCAACUAUGAUGAUAUGUUUAAAGUGCGAACAGUGCUAACAACAGGAGUGGCUGGUGUUGGUAAAACAUUUCAAACAAGCAUGUUCAUGCUUAACUGGGCAAAAGAGAAGACCUGCAAAGAGAUCGACUUGGUAGUGUCGUUACAUUUCAGUGAGCUGAAUAAAGGUGACGUUCAGAGUUUGGAAGAUCUGCUCAAUGAUCACUUCAGUGAUGUGAAACAACACAGAGUUCCCUCCUAUGAUGAGUUUAAAGUGCUUUUUAUCCUUGAUGGCCUGGAACAAUGUAAAUUUGAACUGGAUUUUAAAAACAACAAGGACCUGAGUGACAUCAAGGAAAAAGCCUCAAUGGAUGAGCUGCUAACAAACCUAAUCAAGGGAAAUUUAUUUCCUUCUGCUCAUCUCUGGAUCAUCUCUCAGCCUUCAGGACUCAAAAAGAUUCCACCUGAAUGUAUCCAGAAAGUCACCAAAUGUCAAGAGACCUCAGAGCGAUGGAAGAAGCUGGUGACACAGCUGCGUGAAAGACUUCUUAGCGAAAACAGUCAGCCUGAAGACACCAACCAUCCUAACCAGAAAGACACAGAACACAUCAUGAGAGAAGACAGCAGUGCAGAGGUCACUGAUGAACAGAAGAAGAAACAGACUGUGAAAAGAACAUCUGACAUCUUUAAAGAUCGGAAUGGAGAAAAAAUCAGAACUGUGCUGACUGUUGGAGAGGCUGAAAUUGGAAAAUCCUUCCAUGUACAGAAAUUUAUAAAAGAAUGGGCAAAAAAUGAAAACCGUUCACUUUUCACUUGGGUUGCAGACACAGCAAAAUCCUGGUUUGGCAAUGUGAAUGAUAGUGAACGAAUCAUAUUUCAGCUUAACUUCUAUAAGCUGAACUUGAUUAAAGACAGAACAUUUAGUUUAGUGGGUCUUCUCAAUCAUUUUUUCAAGGAAACCAAAGAAUUUGUGAUCACUAAGUUUUCACAGUUCCCAGUUUUGUUUGUUUUGGAUGGAAUUGACAAAUUUGAGUCUCAGCUUGACUUUGACAUCAAGAAUCCUGUGACUGAUGUCAGUGAGUCAGCCUCAGUGGAUGUGCUGCUGACAAACCUCAUCAAAGGAAACCUGCUUCCUUCGGCCCAAGUGUGGAUAACUUCCCGACCUUCAGCUGUUAAUCAGCUAAAUGUUGACAAAUUAGUUGACAGGAGGACAGAAAUACGAGAGAAACCUGAUAUUGUGAGCCAACGGAAACUCAAAUCUCAUCUGAAGGACCAGUUUACCUGCGUGUCUGAGGGCAUCGACAGGCAGAAAGCCUCUGCUGUUCUGAAUGAGAUCUACACAGAGCUCUACAUCAUAGAGGGUCAGAGUGAAGAAGUCAAUGAUCAGCAAGAGACCAGACAGAUUCAAAAUGCAAAGUUCAAAGCAGUAAGAGAAGAAAAAGCAAUUAAAUAUAACGAGAUCUUCACAUCUGUUGAAAACAAACCAAUUAAAACUGUGAUGACUCUUGGAGUGGCGGGCAUAGGGAAAACAAUCGCAUCAAUGAAGUACAUGCUGGACUGGGCUGAGGGUAAGGCCAUUCAAAACAUUUAUUACAUAUUCCCACUUCCUUUCCGGGAGCUUAAUUUGAGAAGAGAAGAACAGCAGAGUUUUGAGGAACUUCUUCAUCAGUUCUUCCCAGCUAUGAGGACCUCAGAAAUAUCUGACUAUGACAAGUACCAAAUUCUGAUUGUUCUGGAUGGCUUUGAUGAAUGCCGCCUUGAUCUUGACUUCGGUGAAAGUAAUAAAUGCACUGAUGUGAAAGAGUCGACAUCAGUGAAUGUUCUGCUCACCGACCUCAUCCAAGGAAAUCUGCUUCCUAAGGCUCAAAUCUGGAUCACCUCCCGACCUGCAGCAUCCAACCGUAUUCCUGCUGAUAAAGUUGACCGGGUCACAGAGGUGCGAGGAUUCAAUGAUGAGCAAAAGGAAGAGUACUUCAGGAAGAGAUUUAAUGAUAAAAAUCUGGCUGAAAAUAUCCUCUCUCAUGUGAAGAAGUCAAGGAGCCUUUAUAUCAUGUGUCACAUACCAGUUUUCUGUUGGAUCACUUCAAAGGUUCUUGAGGAAUAUGUGACCACAAACCAAGAAGAUGAAAUGCCCAAGACUCUGACUGACAUGUACACAUACUUUCUUUUGCUGGAGUGCAGACAGGCUAACAGAAAGUACAGUAAAGAUGAGACACGUGAGCGCUGUGAGACAGAUGAAUGCUGGAAUGAAAGAAACAAGGAAACCGUUAUAUCUUUAGGAAAACUAGCUUUUGAGGAGCUCGUGAAAGGAAACUUUCUCUUUACUGAAGAAAACCUGACACAGUGUGGUACUAACGAAACAAAUGCUGCUGUUUUUUCUGGGAUAUUCACUCAGAUCAAACGAGAGAGUACUUCACUGUACCAACAGAAACUGUUUUGCUUUGUCCACCUGAGUAUUCAGGAGUUCUUGGCAGCUUUCUAUGUGUUUUACAUAUUCAAUAACAAAGGUGAAAAUCUGCUUACCACCCCCCCUUCAGUGGUUUCAGACUUGCCUGCAUCAGACUUCUACAAGAAAGCAGUGGACAAGGCUUUAGAUAGUAAACAUGGAGACUGGGACCUGUUUCUCCGCUUCCUGCUUGGCCUCUCACUGGAGACCAAUCAGAAGCAUCUGAAAGAGCUGCUGAAAGACAACAGAAAAAUUAACAAAGAAACUAACAAGGAGACAGCUGAGUACAUCAAAAAGAAGAUCAAUGAAGACUUCAGUGAUGCAGAUAAAAACCUCAAUCUGCUUUACUGUUUGAAUGAGCUGAAUGACCACUCUCUUGUUAAAGACAUCAAAAAGCAACUGCGAUCAGGAACACAGAAUUUUGAAGAUUACUCUGCUGGUCAGUGGUCUGCUCUGACUUUUGUGCUGCUGACAUCAGAUGAGAAACUUGAUGUGUUUGAUCUGAAAAAGUACCGGAAAUCAGAGAAAGUUCUACUGGGAAUGAUGCCUGUGGUCAAAGUCUCCAAACGUGCUUUGCUGAGUUGGUGUGAGCUCUCUGAACAGUCCUGCAGUGCUCUGAUGUCCUCAGUCCUAAGCUCUGCAUUCUCAAACCUCUCAGAGUUGGACGUCAGCCACAAUGAUCUGCUGGAUUCAGGUGUGCAACAUCUUGCUGAUGGCCUGAAGAGUCCACACUGUAAACUUGAGAUUCUGAAGUUGUCUGGUUGUCAGGUAACCAAGAAGGGCUGCUCUGACUUGGCCUUGUCUCUUAAGUCCAACAAAGCCUCCCACCUGGAACAUCUGGAUCUGAGUUACAAUCACCCAGGAGACAGCGGGAUGAAUAUCCUAAAUGAUAUACUUAAAAAGCCAAAUAUGAAGCUGAAGACAGUUGUUUUGGACCAUGGUGGAGAGCAUCGGUUAAAACCAGGGAUUAAGAAGUAUGGUGUUGAGUUGAAGUUUAAUGAAACUACAGCAAGCAACAGGCUUCUUCUUCUAAAAGGAAACAAAAAAGUAAGAACUGUGAAGAAGGUAGAGGAGAAACCUGCACGACCUAAAAAUGAAGAAAGGUUCAAGAGGUCUCAGGUGUUUUGUGAUGAGGGGCUGAAAGGUGUCUGUUACUGGGAAGUGGAAUGGAGAGGGACGGUCAACAUUGCUGCAGCAUAUAAAAGAGUGGGUAGAGAAUGGGACAGCAGUGGUGGCCUAGGAUGCAAUGACAUGUCCUGGGGUCUGUACUGCUCUGGAUCUAAAUGCACUGCCAUGCAUGGGAAGACAUCAGAGCCCUUGAAAAAACCCACCAGUCAAAAAAUAGCAGUGUUGCUGGAUUGGGAAGGUGGGACUCUGAGUUAUUACAGUGUAUCAUCAGAAAAGCUGAGCCUCAUACACACCUUCCAUGCAAAAUUCACAGAGCCGCUCUUCCCAGCCUUCUGGUUUAAGACGGGCUCUGUGACCUUAUGUGACUUAGACUAAACUGAUCAUUGCUGAAAACAGGCUUAAUGUACUGCAGUGAUCACUGCAGAUGUUCUUCUUGCUAUUUUAUUAUUAAUAUUUCAGUGUCAUGAUAUAAUUGUUACUUUGCAUUUUUUUUUGGUUGUUACUUUGUUUCUUAAUCUAUAUCAAUACUGAAAAAAGGAACAAUGUGAAAAGUGUCAUAGAGGAGCAUCUAUAUUUAAACCAGUUUGGCAGACAGCUGCUCUACUGGUGCCAUAAAUUACUGCAUGAUUUAGGGACCUCUGAAUGCUGUGUGAAUGUAACUGUGGGAUCUUUAUUAGUACAAAGUGAAACUGAACUAAACAUACUUUAAAGGUACUGAUUAAUAAGUAUUCUUAUGUCGAGAUAAGGGACAUUUGCUGAUGUCAGAUAUUUCUCUUUAUUCAUUUAUUUCUAUCAUUUCAUUAACUGUUUGUUUUUAUUUUUAUACAUUUAAAAUAUCCUGAUAAAAGUGAUGAAUGUUCUAAACAAUUUCAAGUAUGUUUUUUCACUUCAUUUCACAUUACUGAAAACUUUUGUUUUUCUACCUUGUUCUAGUUUUAUUACAUGUUUUAAUUUUCUACAUACAUUGAA